AUGAAGAGCGCCCUGCAUCGAUGCAUAUGCCCGCUGUUCCACCUACCCCAUGGCCGCUUCACUGGCAUAUCUCUCCUCACAUACUGUACCUCAUGCACGCUGACUUUGUGGCGCUCAUGGCUUGUAGAUCACCAUCGACCGAGUGUGAAUCAGCUCCUAGCGUCCCUUAGACGCACGAGGCUGGACAGCAGUGACCAGCAGACCUCAGCCAGUGUUACGGACAUCGCAGCCCCAAGCGUGCCGCCACAGAUCCGCCAGAUCCUAUUACCUGGAGUUCCGGAAGCACCGGCACCACCUCCAAGGAGGCGGCCUCGAUUUGCCCCUCGCUUUGAUGCUCAGGGCCGAAGGCUGCCAGCCGGCCCAGCGCCGCCGCGCAGCUGGUUAUCGUCGUCGCGGCAUGCUCCAAGGCUCGAGUCCAACGGCCAUGAUGCUGAGGUGUACCAACAACGACUGCUCCCUGGCCUUUACCGGCCCGGGGAGCGAAGUCUGAUGGACAUUGCGCUGCGGAACAUGGCCCUUGAUUGGGAAUAUCAAAGGUCUUACAAUCUCUACUAUAUUUUCAACCUGCCCGAUCGGAUUCGAAUGGCUCUGAUUCACAUUGUCAACACGACGUUUGAGCCAGGCUUGUCGUUAUUGGACUUGAAGACUAUACUUUUACCUCAAGCUCCCGAAGACGAUACCGUCAACGAAGACGUGGCAGAGCCCCCGCCAAGUCCCAGUUCCUUGAACGAGGGCAUCACUCAUCUAGACCUGUCAACAUCGAUCGAAAGGUCCAUCAAGCUUCGCGAGCUCUCGUCCUUCCUAUUCCCUACAAAUCCUGCCGGCGACGGGCCGCUGCUGGACUCGUGGGACGCUCCGGAAUCCACAGCUAUCCCUCGACCUCUUCUCGUAAAUCUCACACAUCUCUCGCUGGCCGCGAGCCCCGAAACCAGCUCUCUCUGCUCCUGGAGGCAACUCCUUGCCUUCUCAUCACACCUGCCGACCCUAACACACCUCAGCCUCGCCUACUGGCCCAUUCCGUCCCUCACGCCGAAUGCAACAUUUGCCAAGGUGGUUAGUGCACAGGGCCAGACGUUCCAAUACGGAGGUCGGAACCCCUACAGCCACACACUGGAUGACGACUGGUCCGAGGCGAUCCUGGUCCUGCGAAAGCUCAGCAAGAGCCUGUACGGGCUGGAGUAUCUGGACCUUACGGGCUGCGGGCCGUGGGCGAAGGUCCUCACGGCCCACUCACAUGGUCCCAACGAUGAGACGGACAUGAUCGACUGGGUUGGUGAUUGGGGUAAGAUCGAGACCGUCGUUCUGACCACGGGCUAUGCGCCUCCAGCGGCGCAAGAGUCCGGAAAGGUUGAUAAAUACAGGGAAUUGAUUUAUGAGGCGAGGUUAACGGAAAGGAUAAUCAGAGCGAGGAGAGCUGGCAGAGGUCAUCCUAUCGCUGUUGAGAUGGACCCAGAGCUGCAUUCGCACUAG